GCACUAUCUCUGGUCUAGACUUCUCAAAAUAAUCUGCCACUUCAACAAAGCCCUCAAGGACAGUCGACAGGUUGUCAUUUUCUGGAUCUAUCUUAAUCUCCAGGUUAAAAAGGCGAUUCAGAAAAAAACAGGCAUAUCAUCGGAGAUCAAAAUCGUUCUGCAGAAUCGCCUACUGGUUGUUAACAAACUUCCACAAGAUCUGCUGUUUUGGGUUGAAGUCGCAAAAUACACAGAAAUGGUGAACGGCAUAUGUAAACCUGGCACGUUUUUCAUUCUGACCAAGACGGAUGAGGAGAUUCUGAAAGUCAAAGCAUAAUCAGCUGUUUUCUCAACUCUGAUAUCCAGCCAAAGUUACAGGUGAAUGUGACCCAGGAAGUGGCGUCUAACGUGAUAGCAAUGCUGGUCACCCGUGGACCCACCCGCAGUAUGUUCCACGAAGCCAUCAUGUCCAUCUUUCCGAUAUUGUUCCAUUACUUCAAAAAUUGUUGCGAAGAAUAUGGAUUAAAGGAAGAUGACACGAACUUAGACGAAGUGCUAGAGAAAAUAAUGGCAGAGUUAGACGAAUUAAAAACACCCGAUUCGCAUGGGACGCCACACAGAGAAAAAGAAUUUCCCGACUACUUGAAAACCCAGCCGGCUGAUAUCCAGAGGAUAAUGGGCCCACGAGGUGACGAUCUCUUUCGGAUACAAUUCUCCAUCGCCAACGGUGUCCGAAUGAUCGUACCUAUGGAUCCCCGACACCGCACCACAACCUAUGAUGGCAGGCGGGGUACCAUGUUCAGCCCAUACAGCAGCAAGAAAACCGUCAAAGAGAAACCGUCCAAGGAAGUAAGCGGUGUUACGGCACGACCCAGGCAUGGCAGUGUGGGUGGAAACAGGAGUAGACCAUUCUCAAUGCGGGCUUGUCCCUUAACGGCAACAAGCAGCGUGGAGUCUUUCAACCCUCCUCAUCUAUAAGAGGUGCUCCACUUUCAGCACUGAACUUACGUCAUCGUUUGUUAUUUUUUUGG